ACGAACAAAAUGAAUAUCUAGAACAGAGCUCCAUUUACAUCAAAGGUAGCUCCUCAAGAGCCUCAUAUUUUGACUGGUUGAUCCCACGACUCCAGAACAUGAGAAGGACAAAAUGUACGUUUACGAAAAGAGAGCUUUGAAAAGAUGUCAGCACGCUAUGUCCAGAGACCUAAAUCUCAAUACACCACUGUUGUCCCAGCUCGAGAAAGGUCAUGUGAUUGAUUCGUCACAAAGCUCUCUAAUUAUGAGACAGUCUGCUAGAAAAGAUAAAGUACUGUUGCUCAUAGACAUACUAUUUGAACAAGAAGAUGGUGUGUGUAUACGACUCAUUAACGCACUUAAACUGGAUUAUCCGUGGAUUUCUAGUCAACUACAUCGGGAAUUCAUUAAAGAAAAGACUAAAUUUAAUCGAGAAUUCAAUCAAGGGUUAUCAACAGUAGUAAAUAAACAAAUAUCACCUAUGGUGCUAGGACCUGGUGCAGAAGAGUGCCGAGUUCCAAAAACUUCAAAAGAAUCACUUCAGUGCGUUGAAACUGUGUCCGAACUACUUGAAACAUUUCAAAAGUUAAAUUACCGCCAUCUUGGCGUAGAUCCGAUAGAGGUGUGCAAUAUGGCAUUAUGCGUCGUCUUAGAGGAGAAAAUUACACAGUAUAAGAAAACUAUUGAUAACUUACAGGAAAAAUUAACUAAAUUAAAAGUUCCUACAAACAAUAUCCGGGUGAUCAAGCAAGAAAUUUUAAACGAAAAGGAGGCUGCAAAACUACUUGAAAAACAAAUAAAGAUUAAAGACUCUGCAAUUAGUCAUCUGGAAUACCAAAAUGCGUUAUUAAAACAAAAGCGUGAGGCAUUACGAAAAACACGUGAUAUGUCAAAUGAUAUGUGCGCAGUUUGUAACAGUAAAUGUCUUAGACGACAAAGUUCUUUUAAUAUAUAUAAAUAAAUAUUAAAAACAUUAAUUUUGCUUUAGGAGAUCAAGAAUAUUGUGUUGACCUUAUUUAAAUAUUAGAACAGCACAACAUAAGAACAAAUUGUAAAAAAUCAGUUGCAAUUGGCUUAACUGAAAAUAUCGAUACGAAACACAGAAAAACUUGCAUAAAACGAUCAACAUAAACCACAGAUAUAGGAGAUCUUGCAUGCAGUUACUGAUAUCUAAAAUUGAGAAUGACAAUCAUCCGGGGAAAUAUAUCAAAGAGACAACAACCCAACCAUAUAGCAGGCAACACGAAGGCCAACAAUGGAUUUUCAAUGCAGAGAUAAACUCCCGCACCCGGAGUAGUCCUUCAGCUGGCUCAUAAACAAAAUGUAUUUAUAGUUCAGUGAUAACGGACGUCAUACAAAACUUUGAAAUAUACACAAGAAACUAAAUGUGAAAAUCAUACAAGGCUAACAAAGGCCAGAAGCUCACGUUUUGGGACAGACGCAAAAAUGCGGCAGUGUUAAACAUUUUUUUGGAGAUCUCAAACCUCCCCUAGCUUUACCUCUAGCCAAUGUAGACAAAACAAACGCACAACAAUACGCGUAGUAAAACUCUGUUCAAAAGAAGUCCGAGUCCGAUAUCAGAAUAUAUAACAAAAGAAACUAAACAAAAUGACAAUGAUACAUAAAUGAACAAUUAAGGACUACUAGCAGUUACUGACAUGACAGCUCCAGACCUGAGUUUAACUUAUUGAAUG